AGCAUUCCACGCGGCUCCUGCCGCUCUACUUCCGCCAUAUUUGAAAAUUUGAAUGUAGACGACGGGACUCUCGGCCACGUUUUCUUGUGUGUUGUCCGCCUGUGCAGGAGUACACCCAACUUGGCAUAUUCUGCAAUGGAUUUUCAAGAACCAAUGACAUUAGGAUCUCCUGCAUCACCAAAGCCUGCAACUGGAGCCCAGUUUUUGCCAGGAUAUUUAAUGGGGGAUCUGCCAGCUCCUGUCUCUCCUCAGCCUCGUACAUUUGCAGUUGCUUCUGGGAUAGGUUUGGAAAUGAGGUCACCGCUUAUAGCUGGUGCUACUCCUCCUCAACCUGUUGUUCCAACUCCAAAGGACAAAAGUGGGGCACCUCCAGUUAGAAGUAUAUAUGAAGAGCUUUCAAGUCCAGGCAUUGGGAUGACCCCGUUAAGUUCAAAAAAACAAGCCUCCUUUUCUCUCAUGCAGACGCCAGGUAAUGCUGGAAUAGCAUCAGGAAUGUUCAGCCCCUCUACCAUCGGACAGCAAAGGAAGGGCACUCUCUCUCCUGCACAGGUGGACCCUUUCUAUACACAAGGAGAUGCCCUUUCUUCUGAGGAUCAUCUUGAUGAUACAUGGGUUACUGUUUUUGGUUUUCCCCCAGCCUCGGCCUCUUACAUCUUACUGCAGUUUGCACAGUAUGGAAAUGUAUUGAAACAUGUGAUGUCAAACAAUGGAAAUUGGAUGCAUAUUCAGUAUCAGUCAAAACUCCAAGCAAGGAAAGCACUAAGUAAAGAUGGUAAAAUCUUUGGAGAAACUAUAAUGAUUGGAGUCAAACCCUGUAUUGAUAAGGUCAGUAAAAGUGUCAUGGAAAAUGUGGAUCAUAGCAUAGCAUUUUCAAGUUCCUCAGCAUUUACUCCUGUUAAAAGUUCAGGAACUCCAACUAGUUCCGUCAAUACACCACGUUCUACAUCUAUGAGGCCAUUAGCUGCUGCGUACAAAGCUUCUAGCAGUGACUAUCAGGUUGUUUCUGACCGACAGACACCAAGAAAAGAUGAGAGUCUUGUUUCAAAAGCAAUGGAGUUUAUGUUUGGCUGGUAGCGAUUUUUCUGCUGCACUCCUGAAAUAAAAUGAUAAACAGUACAUUAGCCUAACUGGCUUUACUGGUACUGUGUGAACUGGUUAGUUAUAUAACCAUUACUCAAUAAUGACGUCUCUGCCAAAAUUAUGCAUUUUGUUACCAAUGACAUGUAGAUAGCUUCUUGGGUUAUUCAACAAAGGUAAAACACUUAAUGGUAAUGCAGUAACUUUGGGUGGUGGAGCAGUUAAGAGAGUACAUGGUGAUGUCUGUUUUUAUUUAUUUUUAACAAAGGACCACAUUAAAAUAAAAGCAGGGUGGCUAUAUCAUGAAGCAACACUUUGCUCUCAUAUAUGAAUUCAUUUAAAUGCCUCCUCUGAACAAUUCAAAGGUUUGAGGAAAGCACUUUACACCAUAUUCUGUCUCUCCAUGACCUUUUUAUAUGGGGGAAAAUUUGAUAUCUCCAGAAUGUUAUUGACCUUCGAUAACAAGCGGGGCUUCCUUGGUGUUGCUUCGUGUUUUAAAUAUAGGGGGCAUCUACAACCCAACCCAACAGACUGUUAGUCACGACUAUUGUGCAGCACACGCUUUGGCCCAUAAAGAAGAAAUUUCCAUCUGUAUAUUUAACCAGGCACGCAAAGUUUUUACAGAGUAUCUUCACGAAUACAGUCGCAUCUGUGUAGUCAGACCUCAAAAAGCAGUGGGAAAGGAGGCAAGUGGUGCAGGCCAUAUUGAAGUUGGUCACAAGUUAAUAUUUUUAAUCUCCUUUAAAAAUGUGUCUGAAGGAGCAUGUAUCAUUUGACUGUGUUGGUUUUUGCUGUGAUCAAGAGAAAAUUGAAUGUACUUCCUAGAGUGACAUUCUGUUGACAGAGUGACAGGCUGUGAAAUUGCAUUUUUUUCCAAAAAUAUCUUGGUUGCCCGACAUUAUAAAUCUUAAAAGUAUUAUGCUUAAAAAAGAAGUGUGGCACAAAUAGAUGGAGUAGGUGGGUCUUAUGAGAUGACCUUGACAGUAAUACAGUUUUGGUUGUGACAUGUACUAAAACUAGAAGAUGCUCAUGAACAGUGUCAUUUUAUACUCUCUGCCAAGCAGACUGAUUUAAGCACAUUUUUAAAAAAGUAGGCUCUUGGUUUGUCUUUUAUAUUAUAAAACAAUUUAUGAGAUCUCAGCUCUUUAUUUCUUUAAUUUAUGGUUAUGCAUAUGGUGUUAGAUUGUCUCCUAUCUUGCUUUGUAUACUUUAUAAUAAAGUGGUGAAGUGAAA